AUGGAUAUGACACUCAACGAACAACAGGCUUGGAACGCUCAUCUACAAACUCCUGUUAUAUUUAACCACCAUGCUCCGAUAACUAUCAACGAAUCGUCGAUAACACAUGUCAACCUCAACGGAAUUAGGUCUACGCGCCAAGCUAUCGACAACAACGAACGAGUACUCCUACUCACACCCCUUAAGGAUGCUGCGCCGUACCUUUCCAAGUACUUCGAACUUAUUGCUGAGCUGACGUAUCCUCAUCGCCUCAUCGACCUCGCGUUCCUCGUUGGGGAUUCGACUGAUGAUACUCUGGGUGUGUUAGGCAUGGAGCUUGAUCGCAUUCAGAAGCGCCCGGAUAAUAUCCCGUUCAGCAGUGUAACGGUUGUAGAAAAGAAUUUUGGUAGUCAACUCAGCCAGUCUGUUGAGGAUCGACAUAGUUUUGAGGCUCAGGGUCCACGACGAAAGGCCAUGGGUCGCGCUAGGAAUUAUUUGCUAUCUGCUGCAUUGAAGCCAGAACAUUCUUGGGUAUAUUGGCGUGAUGUCGACAUCGUAGAUAGCCCUAAGAAGAUCCUCGAGGACUUCAUCGCUCACGAUCGAGACAUUUUAGUUCCCAACAUUUGGUUCCAUCGUUACGAAGGCACAGGGGAUAACAAAUACGAUAUUGAAGGCAGAUUCGAUUAUAACUCUUGGAUUGAGUCAGACAAAGCUCUGAAACUUGCCUCUAAACUUGACAAGAAUAUAGUUUUGGCAGAAGGUUAUAAGCAAUAUGACACGGGUAGAACAUACAUGGCGCGGAUGGGCGAUUGGCGAAACGACCCGGAUGAGGAAAUUGAGCUCGAUGGUAUCGGCGGCGUUAACAUCUUAGUGAAGGCGGAUGUUCACCGAUCAGGUAUCAACUUCCCAUGCUACGCAUUUGAGAAUCAAGCCGAGACAGAGGGUUUCGCAAAGAUGGCCAAAAGAGCAGGCUAUGAAGUCAUCGGUCUGCCUAAUUAUGUCGUCUGGCAUAUUGACACAGAAGAGAAGCCAGGGAACGCAUAG